CCAACAGAACAACAACAACAACAACAACAACAACAACAACAACAACAACAUCAUCAACAUCAUCAACAUCAUCAACAUCAUCAACAUCAUUAUCUUACGUGAUAAUACUACAUCGUAUUACUCCAGUAGCAGGAUGGUUUCUCUCUCAUCUGGCGAAGCGGCCCAGCAGCCCGCUCCGUACCCGUUGUCCAAGCGCGUGCUUCUGUGCCUGGUGAUGGUGGCUUUGGAGUCGUUCAUCAACUUCGAGGAGAUCUACAUGCUCGCAAUGCUCCAGCGUGUCCAGGUGCCGACCAUCUUUGUGUCUACACCUGGAACUUUCUCCAGCGCCAUCGGUGUCUUCGUCAUCCCGCUCAUUGGCUGGGCCAGUGACAGGUUUUUGUGCUGUCCAUCUCUCGGUCAGAAGCGUCCUUUUGCUGUUCUCACCCUUUUCAUCAGCGUCGUCGGUUUGUGCUUGACACUCGCUGUCAACGUCCUCACGCUGUACACGCCUCCAACACCAGGAAACGUAACAACCACUGCAUCGCUUGACCACGUCGACAAUCAGUCUCUGUUCCUAACCUUACCCACAGUCGGUCGUUAUAACAUCAACGAUCAUGUGCCAGAUGCUCUUCCGAUCUCUGGUUCAGGAAGCACUAACCUCAGUGUACCACUCAGUGCCGAGGUAAUAAAUUCAAGCACGUACGCCAACAGUACGCAAACGAUUGAUUCUUCAAACACAAACUUCAUCUCAGCUCUGGGAAUUCUCGGCAUCCUGGGUUUCACCGUGGCAGACCACGGCUAUGACUCCAGUUCGUCCACUACUAAAGCUUACAUACUGGCCGUCACCCCUCCUUCCCAGCAUUCAUCUCUUCUGGUGACGGCGACCCUCGGAGGCGCCAUCGGGGGCUGCAUCACGUCCAUGCUGGGGUUCGUGGAGCUGAGCGGGAUCUUCCCUUCCUCCCUCGGCGACGCCAUCUUAGAUCACGGCGCGGCGCAGUGUCUCGUCCAGAAUGUCGUACUACUUCUCUCUGUCCUCAUCUUCGGCUUCUGCAGCUUGGCAACUGGUUCAGAAGCCGUCCAGAAGAAAAAGACCGAGCACUCGAGCUUGACCAGCGCCACCACUGCUCCACACUCAGAGACCAACUUCUCCAAAGCCGAACCCGUUGCCCCCAACGUCCUGUCAGAGUCAGGUGAUCAGGGUCGCCCUUCUCUUCUGGUCAGCAGCGACAAGCAAAAUCUCUCCAGCAGGUCAACGAAAAAGCUUAAAAGACCCUCUUCUCAGCUUGAGACUGCAAAGAGCUUUUGGAAAAGACAUAGAAAAAUGGUUUUUCUUUGCAAUAUGACAUUCUUUAGUCUGGCAGCUAACUACGCCUACUUUGUCUACGUAACCAAUUAUGUAGCAGAAGUCAUAUACGGUGGUGACCCCUAUGGAUCGUCAGACAGCUCUGAGUAUGCACUGUAUGUAGAAGGAGUCCACAUGGGAUCUUUGGGAAUGUUGGCUUUUUACUGUCUAUACGUAGUCUUCAAUAUUUUCCAUGACAGGAUUCUGAAAAUAGUCAAAAUGAGGUCAGAGUACCUCCUGGCUUGUAUAGUCUGCGGAGGUAUAACUCUGACCUUAGCCUUCACCAGCAACAUCGUCGUCUUCUUCGUCAACGCCGUCACCUUCGCUGUGUUCCGGUCCGUGGUGUACACGAUUCCUUUCAUUCUGGCCAACAGCUACACGCACCAAGAGAGUCAGAGACUGACCAACGAGAAGGAUGGUCCUCAUCACCUGUCCACGGGCUCUGCCAUGGCGGCGGUGUCAGCCAUGAUUCCUGCCAGUUAUUUCUUGGUCAGUCUGUGCAUGGGUCCCCUCAUGGAGUUGACAGGGAAUCCGGCCAUCCCUAUAAUCAUUGCUGGGUGUAUGUGUCUUAUGGCUUUCCUUUCUGCAUUCUUUGUUUCUUUUGUUUGACAGCAUGGUGCAGCAGCGACUUACGUUCACAUCUUUUAAUCUUUCUGUUAUCGAGAUAUCUUGAUGAGGACAUGUAAGUGUUAAUGGAAGAACAAUCAAAUUGAAAUACUCAGAUGACUUUCUGUAGAACAGUCUUCCUUCACACUUCCACUGAAACCUGUCAAAUAACAACCCGCAUCUGUGUACAUUUAAUCUAACUUUCCCUUUUGUUUUAUUACAAUGACUUUGCUUUGGUGUAGUUUUUUUUUUUUAUUUUUUUUUAUAAUUUUAAUCGAGGUAUAGUUAUAAAACUUCUACCUACUCUUGUAAAUACAGAUUUGUCACUCUCUCUUUCACUGGUCUUUUCAUUCAUUCUUUAGCCAAUGUUCCGCUUCAACAUACUAAGCCCUUCUUUAAACUAUUUUUCUAGCCCCUACAUCCCUACAUCCCCCGCUCCUGUCACAUCCACUCAUAGUUUAUAUACAUACACACAUUGACUAGCACAUAUGUAUACAUAGAGAACAUUCUGAUAACUGCUGCGAUACCCUGGUGGUGUACAUGAAAAUGUAUGUGCGAAAAUUUGCCAGAUGAAUGAUGACUGGACAUGAGAAAGAUCUACAAUGUUUUUAGGAAGAGCUUGGCCGAAAAUAGUCUUUGGAUACUUGACUUUUGUGAAAAAGCUGGAGAGGUGCUAGUGGAAGGCUGGAUGAUUGUUAUCUGUACCUCGAGGGUCAAAGGCCCUGUUCCUAACCAAACUUGUUAUAUUCUAAUUAAAAAAGAAUUUUUUUGAA